CCCCCUAAAAGGGGGGGAACUUCCUUGCCCUUCUUCUUCAAUGCCGUUCCCAUCGCAAGAUGCUCCGUGGAAGAGAGCCGAGCAGUGGGCAGAGGCUGAGUCCCAGAUAACCAGCGCCUCACAUUUCCCUGGCAUUUCCAUUUGCUGGUGCGCUGCUGUGGCCGCACGCCUGAUUGAUAUAUGACUGCAAUGGCACUUUUCCAUUUGACAUUCUCUCUCUCUCUUUCCCUCUCUCUCUCCGGCUCUCCCUCUCCCUGUGUCGCUUAAACAACAGUCCUAACUUUUGUGUGUUGCAAAUAUAAAAGGCAAGCCAUGUGACAGAGGGACAGAAGAACAAAAGCAUUUGGAAGUAACAGGACCUCUUUCUAGCUCUCAGAAAAGUCUGAGGAGAAGGGAGCCCUGCGUUUCCCCCAAGGUGAGGAAACUGGGGCUGGUACUAUGUAAAUGAGCUGUGCAAGGUCCCCCAGAUAAUGAAUGACAGUGCUAGGGUCCAGCUGUGCAGCAGAUAGAGUGAUGAUGGAUUGCAAGUGCAAAGAGUAAGACAAAACUCUGGCAUACAAAGGACAAUGACAACCAGAAAGCUUCAGCCAGAUCCUGCCCGUUCCUUGGAAGGAACUGGAUCCUAGGAGGUGAAGGCAUUUCUGAUUUUUAGUCCUCUGCCUCCCUCUGCUGUUCCUCUUGAGAAGUUUUUCCUUACAACAAUGAGAAAUCAUGUACUAGCUGCAUCCUUUUCUAUGCUCUCCCUGCUGGCACUAAUGGGAGAUACAGACAGCAAAACGGACAGCUCCUUCAUGAUGGACUCAGACCCUCGGCGUUGCAUGAGGCACCACUAUGUCGAUUCUAUCAGUCACCCACUGUACAAGUGUAGCUCAAAGAUGGUGCUUCUGGCCAGGUGUGAAGGACACUGCAGCCAGGCAUCACGCUCUGAGCCCUUGGUGUCCUUCAGCACUGUCCUCAAGCAGCCCUUCCGCUCUUCCUGUCACUGCUGCCGUCCCCAGACCUCCAAGCUGAAAGCAUUGAGGCUGCGCUGCUCAGGGGGCAUGCGACUCACGGCCACCUACCGGUACAUCCUCUCCUGUCACUGCGAGGAAUGUGGCUCCUGAGACCUGCUGCUGAGUGGCUUUGGGAUGGGACAACCUCCCUCCAUCAGUGAGACAAUUCAAUCAGUCAUGGACAGGCUGGCAAGAAAGAAGUUAAGGCAAAAAAAGAUGCAGCAAUUCCCAUGGGAUUCUGCAUUUUUCAGUAAUAAAGACUCCACAUGCUUGUUGACAGAGAGAGAUACUCUGGGAACCUGUUGUCCAUUCCUGUCUCCUUUCCCUGGUACAAUUUCUUCUGUUUCCUUUUCAGAUUCAGGCAUCUUCCCCUUUGGUGCUGAAUGUUGUUUGGGUUUCCAAAAAUUCAGCAUUAGUGGGAAAAGUGGGCCCCCAGGCAAGAGUGGGUUAGACUGUUACUGUCUGGUGCAGAUUAGAGAAGCAUUCCCUUUGGAAAACAGGAAUGCCCAGUUCUUCCUGGGACAUCAGCUAAUCUUUAUUUAUCUUGUCAUUUGCUCUAAAGUUGCCAUUGCUGCUAACGAUUCUCAAUUUGAAAUUCCAGGCAUCAAGCAUGUCGGUAUGUUUAUUCAAGUUCAAUCACAGCCAGCUGACAUUCAAAUAAUUAAAUAGAUUCUCUUAAACGAUGCUGGGACUCCUGAUAGCUGUAAUUACUAUUCAGAAAUGACUUUUGGACGAUAAAGGUGGCAUAAGGAUUUGUCAUCUGAAGGUUCCCUCAGAUAAAUUAUGGUAAAACUUUGUAAGGGAGCAGACUUUUAAAGACCUGCACAAAUACAGAUUCUGCACUGACUUUGAAAAGGGCAUAAGUGUACUAGUGGCCUGGAGAAUGCACUAUACUCAUGCAUGCAAAUUAGACAACCAAGUAUGAACCUAUUUGUGGGUGUGCUAUAGCUCUAGUCAUGCUGCAGGCAUUUUCUCCAACAUCUACUGGGCCAUAUGAAGCUUGCUGCCAAAAUGGUGGCCUGGCUCAUCUUCUAAACAUUUGGUUUAAAUAUAUUUUGGUCUCUGAGACUCCAAAUUUGAGUCAUUCCCAUGUUGUGAAAUAAAAAGAGAGUAUCAUCAAAAUUC